AUGGGAUUCAAGAGCUUCCUUGCCCGCGCUCGAGAAGGCAGCAGCCGCACGCCAUCGUCGGCCGCCAGGGACUAUGGGACGACGACGACGACGACGACGACGACGACAACGGCAGCAGCAGCGGCAGCAGCAGACGGCAGAGGCUUGGCCGACGACACAGUCUUCUCAUCAAACAUUGAGCAGUGGCAUCCUGCCGAAGCACUGGUCCGUACGGCUUCAGGGCCGCCCUUUGGAGACGACGACGACAGUCACCAUGGCGAUCUAGUCACGGCUGGCGAGGGCCGUGACCUCAAGCGCGGCCUGGCCGAGCGCCAUCUGUCCAUGCUUGGCAUCGCCGGCGCCAUUGGAACCGGCCUGUUCCUCGGACUCGGCGGCGCUGUCCAGCGCGGAGGUCCUCUCGGUGCGCUGUUGGGCUAUGCCACCGUCGGCCUUGUCGUCUGCGCCGUGCAGUUCGCCCUGGGAGAAGUUGCCGCGCUGCUUCCAGUCACCGGUUCCUUUGUGCGGCAUGCCGAGUUUCUUGUCGACCCGGCCUGGGGCUUCGCCAUUGGAUGGAAACUCGUGUACGGCAACAUCCUGUCCAUCCCCUCCGAGAUCACCGCCAUCUGCGUCCUCUUCGAGUUCUGGACCGACAUCAACCCCUCCGUCUGGAUCGUCACCUUCAACCUCCUGACCUUUGUCGUUGGCAUCUCGUUUGUCCGGAUUUUCGGCGAGGUCGAGUUCUUUUUCGCCGUCCUCAAGGUCCUUCUCGUCGUCUUCCUCAUUCUUCUCGGCCUUGUCAUCGACCUCGGCGGCGUAAAGGGCACACCGCCCCUCUACUUCAAGUACUGGGACAACCCGGGCCCCUUUGUCGAGUACAUUGCCGCCGGAAACUGGGGCAAGUUCCUGGGCUACUGGAGCGUCAUGACCGGCGCCGUCUUCUCCUUUGCCGGCGUUGAAACAAUUGCCAUGGCGGGCGCCGAGACCGAGAACCCUCGCAAAGCUAUCCCGGCUGCUUGCAAAAACGUCUUCAUCCGCAUCGUGCUCUUCUACAUGCUGGCGAUUCUCGUUGUGGGCAUGCUCGUGUCGAGCCAAGACGGCCGGCUGAACAAUCAGAGCGGCGACGCCACGCAGAGCCCCUUUGUGAUUGCCGCCUCGGCCGCAGGCAUUCCCGCCAUCCCAUCUGUCGUCAACGCCAUCGUCAUCACCUCGGCAUGGUCUGCCUCGAACCAGAGUCUCUUGGCCGGGACCCGCGUGCUGUACGGCUUGGCCGUCAAGAAGCAGGCGCCCAGGAUUUUCCUGAGAACCACGUCUUGGGGCGUGCCCUACGCCUGCGUCUUCCUAUUCACCGCCUUUAGCCUCCUCAGCUUCGUGAGUCUGUCCCACGAUGCCAUCACUGUCUUCUGGUGGCUGGUGAAUCUGACUGCCGCCGGUGUCUUGGUGUCGUGGAUCUCGAUCCUGACGAACCACAUUCGGUUGCGCUUGGCCAUGAAGAAGCAAGCGAUUCCCAUUACUCGACUGCCGUGGUGGAACUCCUGGACGUUGUACUCCUCGUAUUCCGCACUCUUCAUGUGUCUUGUUAUCCUUUUGACAGGCGGUUUCGCCGUCUUCACAAAGGGCAACUGGAACGCCAGCAACUUUGUCUCUGCCUACCUCGACAUACCACUUGUUUUGGCGGCGUAUUUUAUUUGGAAGGUCGUGAAGAAAACAAGAAUUAUCGCACUGGAGGAUAUUCCCCUACAACGGGCAUUCGAGCGGGCAGACCAGAAGUACGAGUCCUUGGCAUCGUAG